GCAUAAGCAUCACUACUUGCGAUGGGUUCUUGUUUUGUAACUCUUUCCCAAACGCCUUCGUUUUCUUUUGCCCGGGGAUGACCAAGGGGACAGCUUUUUGGAAUCCGUGGUUGAAACAGGUUAAAUGGAUCGAUUUUGAGGAUAAAGAUUUUGAUGCCUGUGGCUUAGGAUACGAUAAUACUAGAGACGAAAAGGUUUACAAAAUCUUGGGGUCUUUUAUGUGUCGUCGUGAAGUUGCGAUAUACGAUUGUACCUCUCAAGCGUUCAAGUUUAUUGAUACACCUAACGAGGACUGGUCCAUAACCGAUGUUCAACGAUCCAGUGUGUCCUUGAACGGAAAUCUCUAUUGGAUUUCUCCUAUUCCCGACAAAUUUGAUUUUUGUGAAUUUCUCAUCCGAAGCUUUGAUUUCUCGAGGGAUAUAUUCAAACCCUUUUGUCUCCUUCCGUGUCGGAAGAUGGAUUUUUGCGAUUUACUUGUCCUCCAAGUUUUCAAUGAAAAUAGGUUAUCCUUGUUAAAGCAAUGUUAUAAGACAAGGAAGGUUGAGAUUUGGGUUACGAAGAAGAAGAUUGAUUCUAGUAACUACAACAGUGGGGAGGAAGUUGUGUGGAUUAGCUUGUUGACUUUUCCAUCAAGUAACUUGCCAAACUUAUGUAAUAAGCGUUACGACAUUAGUUACUUCAUCUAUGACAAGACCACCCUAAUCAUGUGUUGUGGUGACGAUGGAGGUGGAACCCCUUGCAUCUAUAUUGUCAGGGGAGAUUUCUUCAAGAAGAUUCAAAUUAACUCUGGGGUUUUCCGGUGUUGUCACUGUAUUUAUGCUCCCAAUUUCAUCCCGGUUCCUUUAGAGAUCAUCGGUCUCGACGGAGUUGAUCCAACGAUUAAGUUGCGUGUCCUAGACUCCUCUGGUAUUCCUUACCGUGAAAAGAAUUCUGCUUACAUAACCAUUACUGCUUGCGAUGAGUUCUUGUUUUGUAACUCUUGGAAUAAUCCCCAGGGGACAGCGCUCUGGAAUCCGUGGUUGAAACAGGUUAAAUGGAUCGAGUACGAGGAUAAAGGUUUCCAUGUCUGUGGCUUAGGAUACGAUAAUACUAGAGACGAAAAGGCUUACAAAAUCUUGGGGUCUUUUAUGUGUCUCCGUGAAGAGAGCUCUUACGAAUACCACCAGAGAGUUGCGAUCUACGAGUGUGCCUCUCACGCGUUCAAGUUUAUUGAUACAGGUAACGAGCACUGGCCCUUAAGCGAUGUUGAACGACUCAGUGUGUCCUUGAACGGAAACCUCUAUUGGCUUCAUGUUAUCCCCGGCACAGUUGGCAUUUUCAUUCGAUGCUUUGAUUUCUCGAGGUCGAGGGAGAUAUUGAAACUCUUGUGUCUCGCUCCGUGUGGGAAGUUGGAUGAGUCCGAUGUACUUGUCCUCCAAGUUUUCAAUGAAAAUAGGUUAUCCUUGUUAAAGCAAUAUUGUUAUGUGACAAGGAAGGUUGAGAUUUGGGUUACGAAGAAGAAGAUUACUAGUAACAACAGUGGAGAGGAAGUUGUGUGGAUUAGAUUAUUGACUUUGCAACCAAGUGGAACCCCUUGCAUCUAUAUUGUCAGGGGAGAUUUGUUCAAGAAGAUUCAAAUUGACUCUGGGGUUUACCGGUGUUGUCACUGUGUUUAUGCUCCCAAUUUUAUCCCGGUUCCCUUAGGGUUCAGAUUGCUAGCCUAAUAAUUUGAUCAUAUUUUCUUGAAUCUUGGUCAUGUCUCUGUUUUCUUAGGUUUAAGUCAGUUUGUUUAAAACCUUGUAUGAAAUUGUCUUGAUGAUAAAUAUAUAGACUUACUAUCU